AUGAAUACUAGUAUGUAACCAAAAAUUGCACAUAAAUAAUCUUAUACUAACUCUUUUAGUUGACUCAUCUGACGUUAAAGUCAUUAAAAAAGUUUUAAAUGGAUAUGUCGGUUUUGCCAAUUUACCAAAACAAUGGCACAGAAAAUCAGUUAGAAGAGGUUUUAAUUUAAAUAUUAUGGCAAUUGGAGAAAGUAGAUUAGGUAAAUCAACAUUAAUAAAUACUUUAUUUAAUCGUGAAAUUAUACCAAAACAUCAAAUUGAUGAAUUCGAUAAUGAUGAAGAUGAUGAAACUGAAUAUCAAAAUGGUAAUCAUGAUCAUCAAACUGCUGAUGAAGGUGAUGUUCAAGUUAAAAUCAAAUCUACAUCUGCUGAUAUUGAAGAAGAUGGUGUUAAAUUAAAAGUUUCAAUUAUUACAGCUCCUGGAUUUGGUGAAAGUAUUAAUAAUUCAGAUUCUUGGAAACCAAUUGUUGAUGAAAUUAAUCAAAGAUUUGAUUCAUAUUUAGAAGCAGAAUCAAGAAUUAAUAGAACAAAUGUGAUUGAUAAUAGAAUUCAUGCAUUUUUAUAUUUUAUUGAACCAACUGGUCAUUCAUUAAGAAGUUUAGAUAUUGCAAUUAUGAAACAAGUUCAUGAAAAAGUAAAUUUAAUUCCAAUUAUUGCUAAAUCUGAUACUUUAACUUUUGAAGAAAUUCAAGAUUUCAAAAAAAGAAUUUUAUUAGAUAUUGAAUAUCAAGGUAUUAAAAUAUUUAAACCAUUAAAUUAUGAAAUUAAUGAAACAGAAGAUGAAGAAACUUUAUUAAAUACAAAAGAAAUUAUUUCAAAAUUCCCAUUUGCAGUUGUUGGAUCAACAAAAGAAAUUACAUUACAGGAUGGUUCAGUUGUAAGAGGUAGAAAAUAUCCAUGGGGUAUAAUUGAAGUUGAUAAUGAACAACAUAAUGAUUUUGUUAAAUUAAGACAACUAUUAAUUAGAAAUUUCCUUGAAGAAUUAAAAGAUUAUACAUCAAAAGUUUUAUACGAAAAUUAUCGAAGUGAAAAAUUAAAAAAAAUGGGUAUUGAACAAGAUAAUAGUGUAUUUAAAGAAUUUGAUCCAUUAGCAAAACAAGAAGAAGAAAAACAAUUACAUGAAGCAAAAUUAAGUAAAAUGGAAGCAGAAAUGAAGGCAGUAUUUCAACAAAAAGUUUCAGAAAAGGAAAAAAAAUUACAAAGAAGUGAAGCUGAUUUAUUUGCAAGACAUAAAGAAAUGAAGGAUAAAUUAACAAAACAAAUCAAAUUGUUAGAAGAAAAGAAACAACAAUUGGAAAAACAAAAAUUAUUACCACAAGAACCACAAUCACAACCACAACAAAAAUCAAGAAAGGGAUUCUUGAGAUAG